UGUAAAUGCACGCGCCGUACGCUGUUUGCGAGGGAUCGGUAAAUAUGUGCAUCUCUGUAUAUGUAAUAUUACUACUCAAAACAUUGCGAGGUACUCUAAUUGUUUUUAAUAACGGCAGAGACGUAAGAAACCGGUUCCAUUGGUGUGCGAUAACGUCCAGAUGCAACUAUGGGUUCCAUGGCGAAGUUCGUCUGUUUAUUGUUGGUGGUAUGUUCGGUGCAGAGUCUUCAAUUAGAGAGCCAGGCCUCAACCAGAAGACCAAGGAUCACGAAGUACAGCAAAACGACCGUCGUGCCAGGCGGGUCGACGGAACCAGCAACUGAGCGCAGUUUGAUGACCGCAACAUACCGUCUGUAUGGAGGCGGUGGUGAAACUUGUAUCCUGUUGACCGUUGACGCUCUACUCGACAUAUCAUACGUAACAAAGCUAAACGAACGAGCGGAUGCAAACACUUUUGUCCCGAACAAUGCGAACGUGGCCGGGGCUUGCAAGGAAAGUGACCUGGAGACUCUGGUGCUUUCAUUUAAAGAGUUUUCGUUAGAAAUGGUCUUCGCCAAGACGCCAGGUGGCGAGCGUUGGUAUGCGGAUAGCGUACGACUAACAUACAACUCUAGUGCAAGAAUAUUAGAACACGCAGCAAAACAAGGCCGACGAGUUACCCUGACUACUGGACCUAGGGCUCUGUUGUUCCCUACACCAGUUGGCAAGUCGUUCUCAUGUCCUGAGGAAACUGUCAUUGAUUUAGCCGAGGAAGAACCUAGCAACCCAACACUUGCGCAUCGAGCCAAGUUAUAUCUCCGUCAAAUGCGUUUACAAGCGUUCAUGUUUAAACGCGAUGGUGAAUUCGGACCACCAUGGCAUUGCACCGACUCCGCUCGCGCUCGUUCUGAAACUGCUCCUGUCGCUGUGGGGGCAGCACUGGCUAUUGCUACCGCAGGCACCUUGGUAGGCUACGCCAUCUGGCGUUAUUUGAAGGUAAAGAAAGUUCAAUACGACACGAUGGAAUGAAGAGGUUAGACGUUCUGAACUUGAAUUUAUGACGUUAUGAUUAGUGUUGGAAAUUAUCAAUGAUUUGUCGAUAGUUUUUAUUUCAAUCUUUAAUUUUAAUUUUUAAAUUACAAUGGUUCUAUUAAAACUCGUCAGAAUUGAGAAUCGUGGGUCGUUCGUUUUGUAAAAAUAGUUUUUAAAGUUUUUGAUAAUUUUUAUUUAAAUAUUUAAAUCAUUCUAAAGCUAUAAGCCACUUUUAACAUGGAAUUUAUUAAUUUAUGAGGCAUAAAUUUGAAGUUUGCGUUAACAGGUCAAGGUUUUUUUACUACAGAACUUUUUAAAACAAUUAAGAUAAAUUAAUAGGCAUGGUGAGGAGCAACAAUUUCUUUUUCAGCAAAUAUUUGUCUAAUUUAUAAAAUUUAAAAGUAAAUUACGGUCUAAUAACUAUUUUUUUUAAAUAAUGAAGGAUUCCAGAAUUAAGCCAUGGACACUAAUUAUAAUGUCAUUUAAUAUAUUUACGUCACAAUAUUUUACAAGAUCUUAUUUUGUGUUCUAAAUUUUUAAAAAAACAACAACAAUAACAAAAUUUCAAUUAAUCAAAAAUAUUAUUAAAGAUUGCUUACGAAAGUUCAGAACGCCAGUUAUGUAUAAGGGAAUAAAUUAAAAAAAAAAUGCCAAUUUCGUCUAGAUAGCGCAGUAGUCCCAAAACGUUGUUGAAUAUAAAGUACACAUCACUUAGAUCGAAAAUAUUAACACUUACUAAUGUUUGUUAACGAACGAAGUUUUUUCGAUACUAGUAACACUUAAAAAAAAGUUACUUCGGUAGCUUCAUACAGUAUAUGAUGAAACUUUAUAGCACACAUAGUAAUAAACGCACACAAUGACACUAGGCGAAUAGACCGGUGUGACAAGGGCUGCGGAUUGUGAUGCAUUUGAUCCCAUUGUCCUAUCCCCUCCCGUAACGGCGUAAGAAUUAAUUUAUAAUUUUUACGAUACCAAUAAAAUUUUUAGCAAAGGUAGCUUAAUAUAAAAACAUUAAUUGGUAAUACAAAUCAUGCGUCUUAAAAAUAGAAUGAAAAAUCUCAGUUGCUGUAACUUAUUGAUUAUUAUCGUAUAUUGUAUGAAUCUAGCCUUAUUUGAGAGCGAUAGUGAUGUGUCUGUAUUAUCGAUAAUGUUAAAUCGAUAAAUAGUUAGUGUUGUUACGAUAGUGUUUGAAAAUGUAUAUAAGCUGAGAUGAAAAUAUAUCUUUAUGAAGUAAUUCUAUUCUAAAAAAUAUAGAGGAUCUGUUGAAAUCGAUAACGAUGAGAGACUUCAUCCAAUUUGUGAAGUGUAUCGAGAUGUAAUUGUUUACUGUUGUUGAAGGUUGAUAAUUAUGUAAAAAAAAAUGUAUUUAAUCCUCAUAAUAUUCCCAGUAAUCCCUAGGCUAGAACCGUUUCUGUAAAGUUUCGGUAUUAAGCGGUAUCAACCGGUAUGAACCGGUAAACGAGAAUGAAUGUGUUGAUGGAAAAUGUGUUUUAAUAUCAAUUAUAAUUCAUAUUGCAUUAUUAAAAUCGUUAACUAAUCAUAACAUAUCAGAUGAUAAUAAAAUAUAAUUUAUCGACAAUUGUUUACAUGUAAUUAUAUAAAUAUUUAUACGUGAUUAUAUGGGGGAGGUAAAUAUAAUUUAUUUUUAAAAUUGUUUGCGGUAUAGCGGACAUUUUGAUAUUACGUGUACAAGCAAUAAGUAAUUUUUUAUUCGUCGCCGUCGUUACGACAUUUAUGGCUGAAUUUGGUGUUGUAUUGUGAUGAAACUUGGUCUCACUAGUGUUUUUAUAUACUGUGGAUUUUCCAUGAUAAAUAAGGCAAUUUCACACUUUUAAACUAUAUCUGCGACAUGUGUGACUCGCAUUGGAGCAGCGUGAUGGUAAGAGGUCUUACCCCAGCACAUUUGGGACAUUUAUAGGCUGUUUUUUUUAACUAUUACUUCGUUCUUUUAACGCGACUGAAUAAAAAGGUAGUGUAAUGUUUUCAGUGUUCAAGUGUAUGUGUUAUUUUCUAUUUUGCACCAUAACUUUUAGAUGCUUGAAUAGAUUUGUAUGUAUGGGGUAUUUUUAGAAUCCUUACAUCAUUUUAAAUGACUGGUUAUAAUUUAUUUACGUUAUAGAUAGUUUUGUUGGAAAUUUUUUAAUUUUAGAUAUCAUCAUAGUUAUUAAGAAAUAUAUUACAAUAUUUUUAAUAAACAUUUUAGUAUAUAACAAACAAAAUAUUUAAAAAAAUAAUCCUUUUUUUAAAUUACAUUUUAUUAAGUGCUUUCAAAACAGGAUAUCUUUGAAUAUUUGCUCGACAUGUUGAGAUUUUUUAUCUGUUAUUCGCAUGUUGUUUAUAUUUAAUAUUUCUGUCACAUUUCCUCAUUUUUAUUAUAUUAUCUGAAUAAAAUUACUUUAGAGAUAUUAAAUAAAAUUAUAUCCUGGUCUAAUAAAAAUGUAUCUACCUCUACGGACUUCCAUUUAAUUUAUUAAAUUAUUUUUUCUAUAAAAUAUCUUCAUAUUUUUUGACAUUUAUUUUGUGUAUAUUUCGGCUUUACCUAUAAAUGUUCUUGUUGAUCAGUUAAACAAUGCUGUGUCUUCUUCUUUCGAAUGUAUAUUCUAUGAUGACAGAAAGAGAUAAAUCAGUGUUUAACUAAACACCGCUAAAUAACGUUUAUAACUAAGGCUGUUUGUAAUCAUUACUGGUAAUUACCGGUGUUAGGGCUUUGUGCAAGCUCGUCUGCGUAGGUACCAACCACUCAUCAGAUAUUCUACCGCAAAACAGCAGUACUCGGUAUUGUUGUGUUCCGGUUUGAAGGGCGAGUGAGCCAGUGUAAUUACAGGCACAAGGAACAUAACAUCUUAGUUCCCAAUGUUAGUAGCGCAAUGGCGGUGUAAGCAAUGAUUAACAUUUCUUACAAAGCCAAUGUUUAUGGGCGGUGGUGACCACUUACCAUCAGGUGGCCCAUAUGCCCGCCUACCUAUUCUAUAUAUAAAAAAAUAUAUAUAAAUUGUUUUCAUGUAUCGAUAAAGUAAAUAUAUGUAAUAAGUUAUUCAAUAUAAGUUUAUAUAUAUACAAACACUAGUGUCCAAGUUUUGCUAGUUAAGUAAACAGCUGUGAGUUAAUGCUUACAUAAGAGACAAAUGGCUUUCUAUUCGUUUUAAAUAUAUAUAUAUUUAUAUAUAUAUAUACUCAUCAAUUAAUGUUACAUAUCGUUUCUAAGUAAUCUAAGUUAAGCGUGUGACAUGCGAUAUAUGAUCGUCAUUUUUUAAAAUAAGUAAAUUUUUCAUCUUAUUCUAUAAUGCUACUGCUACAUCUGCGCUAACUUACCGUUAAACUUACUGUUGUGUCAAUGCCCGGUUUACAUUAUUCCAGUCCAGCGAUCUAGUAAUUUUCAUUUUCCAGUAAGCAAUCCAGUACUGGACUAGAUCGCUGGACUGGAAUAAUGUAAACCGGGCAUAAUGUUUCAAAAACAGUCUAAUAUAAUUGGAAUAUUUCUUUGAAAAAUGCUAUGCCUAUAUAUUAUCUCGUGGAUAAAUAUAUUGCAUUUAGAGUAAGAUCAACGUUAUCAAGUCUUAGUGAUUGACUGACCCUUUAAUGUGUCGAAAAAACCGCCAAUUGAGUGAUCUAUUGUCUUAAUACGUAAUAAAUAUCGUAAAAACGCCUACGUCUAUAUAUUUUACAAGUAAAAAUACAUGAAUAUAGUAGAAUUUACAUAAAAUAUAUAAGUUUCUUAUAAUACAAAUUAAUUUCGUUUUAUAUAGUUGAUUAUGUAUUUAAUUUGAGAUAAGCUGUAACUAAUGAGUUUCUCGUUCUAGUCUAGAAUCAACGUUCUAAACUUGCCUUUUCCCUGGUGGUAGAGCUUUGUGCAAGCUCGUUUAUGUAGGUACCACCCACUCAUCAGAUAUUCUACCGCAAAACAGCAGUACUUGGUAUUGUUGUGUUUCGAUUUGAAGGGUGAGUGAGCCAGUGUAAUUACAGGCACAAGGGACAUAACAUCUUAGUUCCCAAGGUUGGUGGCGCAUUGGUGAUGUAAGCGAUGGUUAACAUUUCUUACAAUAUGUAUUAGGGCGUUGGUGACAACUUACCAUCAGGUGGCCCGCCUGCCUUUCCCUUCAAUAAAAAAAAAAUGCCUAUUUUACUUUCAAUUUAAUCUGAUAGGAUGACGAUUAAAUAGUGCUUAGAAAAUACUUGAAUCCUUACUUAUAUAAUAAAUACGACAAUGAGUUUGUUUGUUACGUUUUAACGUUCUAGCUCCUCAACGAAUAACAUAAAACUUUGCUUACACGCUGUCUACAGAAAAAAGGGGUAUCUAAAACUUCUCUCCUACUCACACGCGGGCACAAUCUGCUGAUAACAUACGCGUCAGAUCACAGAUGUGGCAGUAGCAUAAAAACAAUUUUCACUCUCUAACCUAGACUCGAUCGUCGAAGUGAAAUACAUUAGUUAUGCGCUAGUUCGAUGCGUUUAUCCUUUAAAUGUUUUAAUUACAAUUAAUGUAGUCAAUGUCGCAUAUUGUUUUAUGUCAUUUCGCGAUAGUAAAUCGUCGAGUAUCGAGUUUUCUCACAGAAUAGCUUCACGUUUUUAAAUUAAAAUUUGAAAUUAGAUUUAGUUAAAAUCUCUCUCCUUGCUUCAGCUGUAUAUAAUGGCUAUCGUUUUUGCAGUGAUAUUAAAAUGUCAUUUAAAAAAAAAAGUGUUUUAAACGUGUGUACUUGAAUUUUUCGAUACAUUUAUUAAUGUAAUGCUUUAUUUGUCUAAUGUAAAUAUUUCUAGUUGAAUAGUGCCACUAAGGUUCCGUAUACACGAAAGCGGAAAGGAGAUGAAAGAUGCAUAUAACUUGAAGUUAAAAAGAGAUGUAAUAAAGAAAUCGUAAUCCCUUACCGCUUUUAUGGACACGACGCCUUAAUUUUCAAAUUAUCUCGCACCUUCGUUUCAUAUCGAAAUAAAAUAAAAUAUUUCAAUUUAAUUUUCGAAAUCUUAAUAAAAAAAUGUUUCUGAAAUUUUUUCUAUUUUGAAUAUAUCAAACUAUUUUACAAAUACUUUGUAUUGAAUGCCCCGUAGUUUUUUUUUCCCUAUAAAAAUUUUGUCGUAGUUUAUAUUUAUAUAUCGGUGCAUUUAAUUAAAACGAUAAUGUUGUAUUAAAAUAUUGUAUGCCAUACGAUUUGUCUUCCAGUAAUAUCUUGUAACAAUAGCAUAAAGUAUUGUAGCUUAUUAUAUACAUAAUAAUUGUGUAAAAGUGGUGUCGUUACGUUGCAAAAGUGAAGGCUUGAUUGCACGUGAUCAGCCAUUGGCAGUACAUAAAGGAUCAUGAAAAAGAGACACCAAAUAAUGUUUGUUAUUCUAAUUAAGGGGCAAACGUAACGCGCACCACUGAGUAAUUCUUAAGUAACAUAUCUCAAACUAUUGUAAUUUAGUGCGUUCAUUUAUUAAAAUUGUCUUUAUGAAUAAAUGACGUCGAAAUUA